CACGCCCACGGCCCACGGGUCCGCGAGAAAAGCGCCAAGCAAGCAACCGCCCAAACAGAACCACCUCUGCUCUGCUCUCCCCUGCGACUCUUCUCCAAUGGCGGCGGACGCCCCCACGCUCACGGCGCUGCUCAAGAAGGCGGCCGCCGCCUUCCCGGCCCGCCGCGCCGUCUCCGUCCCGGGAAAGAUCGACCUCACUCACGCCGCCCUCGACGCGCUCGUCGACGCCGCGGCCGCGCGCCUCGCCGCCGACGCCGGGGUCCGCCAGGGACACGUCGUCGCGCUCUCCUUCCCCAACACCAUCGAGCUGGUGAUCAUGUUCCUGGCGGUGAUCCGCGCCCGCGCCGUGGCGGCGCCGCUCAACCCGGCCUACACCCAGGACGAGUUCGAGUUCUACCUCUCCGACUCCGAGUCCCGCCUCCUCAUCACCAACGCCGAGGGCAACCCCGCCGCGCAGGCCGCCGCCGCCAAGCUCGGCCUCGUCCACGCCGCAGCCACCCUCAAGGACGCCGCCGGCCCCGUCCACCUCGCCGGCCUGGGCUGCGCCGCCGCCAACGGGAACGGCUCCCACUCCUCCCACCAAGAGGACACCAACAACGACCCGUCCGACGUGGCCCUGUUCCUGCACACCUCCGGCACCACGAGCCGGCCCAAGGGGGUGCCGCUCACGCAGGCCAACCUGGCGGCGUCCGUCCGCAACAUCCGCUCCGUGUACCGCCUCGCCGAGACGGACGCCACCGUGGUGGUGCUGCCGCUGUUCCACGUGCACGGCCUCCUGUGCGGGCUCCUCAGCUCGCUGGCCUCCGGCGCGUCCGUGGCGCUCCCGGCCGCCGGGCGGUUCUCGGCGUCCAGCUUCUGGGCCGACAUGCGCGCGUCGGGCGCCACCUGGUACACCGCCGUGCCCACCAUCCACCAGAUCAUCCUGGACCGGCACGCGUCCAAGCCGGAGGCGUCCUACCCGGCGCUCCGGUUCGUCCGCAGCUGCAGCGCGUCGCUGGCGCCGGUGAUCCUGGAGAAGCUGGAGGCGGCGUUCGGCGCGCCGGUGCUGGAGGCGUACGCCAUGACGGAGGCGUCGCACCUGAUGACGUCGAACCCGCUGCCGCAGGACGGGGCGCGGAAGCCCGGCUCGGUGGGCCGCCCCGUGGGGCAGGAGCUGGCGAUCCUGGAUGAGGAGGGGUCGCGGGUGGCGGCCGGGAAGCCCGGCGAGGUGUGCAUCCGCGGCGGCAACGUGACGGCGGGGUACAAGGGCAACCCGGAGGCGAACGAGGCGGCGUUCCGGUUCGGGUGGUUCCACACGGGCGACAUCGGCGUGGUGGACGACGAGGGGUACGUGCACCUGGUGGGGCGCAUCAAGGAGCUGAUCAACCGCGGCGGCGAGAAGAUCUCGCCCAUCGAGGUGGACGCCGUGCUGCUGGACCACCCCGGCGUGGCGCAGGCGGUGUCGUUCGGCGUGCCCGACGACAAGUACGGCGAGGAGAUCAACUGCGCGGUGAUCCCGCGCGAGGGGUCGGCGCUGGGGGAGGGCGACGUGGUGGCGCACUGCCGGAAGAACCUGGCGUCAUUCAAGGUGCCCAAGAAGGUGUUCAUCACCGGCGAGCUCCCCAAGACGGCCACGGGCAAGAUCCAGCGGCGCAUCGUGGCGCAGCACUUCGUGCAGCCGGCCAAGGCCGCCUGAAUGUGAAACCCUCCUCCUGCCGGCACCACCCACCACCAGUAGCUGCCGUUGCCGCAUUGACAAAUUACAAGAAUAAUAAACAUUCUCGCGGUGCGUGCGAUUCUCAUC